CGCACGUCAUUUUUCAUUCAAGCAGCAUUUGAAUAAGGAAAGAUGGCGGCCGCAACAGUGGUUGAGUUCCAGAGAGCCAAGUCUCUCAUCAGCACGGACAGCAACGCUUCGAUCGACAUUCUCCACUCGAUAGUGAGGAGAGAUGUCCAGGAGAACGAUGAGGAGGCGGUCAGGGUUAAAGAGCAGAGCAUCCUGGAGCUGGGAACACUCCUGGCCAAGACGGGACAGGCUGCAGAACUAGGGGGUCUGCUGAAAUUCGUGAGGCCUUUUCUGAUUUCCAUCAGCAAGGCCAAGGCGGCCCGGCUGGUCCGUUCCCUGCUGGACCUUUUUCUUGACAUGGAGGCAGCAACGGGGCAGGAGGUCGAGCUGUGUCUCGAAUGCAUCGAGUGGGCCAAGGCCGAGAAGAGAACCUUCCUACGACAGGCGCUGGAGGGGCGACUGAUCGCGCUCUAUUUUGACACCAAAAGAUACCAGGAGGCCUUGGCGCUGGGCACCCAGUUGCUCAUGGAGCUGAAAAAGAUGGACGACAAAGCUCUCCUGGUCGAGGUGCAGCUGCUUGAAAGCAAGACGUACCACGCUCUCAGUAACCUGCCCAAGGCCCGCGCAGCCCUCACCUCGGCCAGGACCACCGCCAACGCCAUUUACUGUCCCCCGAAGCUCCAGGCGGCCCUGGACAUGCAGUCAGGGAUCAUCCACGCAGCAGAGGAGAAGGACUGGAAGACGGCCUACUCCUACUUCUUUGAGGCCUUCGAGGGCUACGACUCCAUUGACAGCCCCAAAGCCGUCACGUCGCUCAAAUACAUGCUGCUGUGCAAGAUCGUCCUCAACUUACCAGAGGAGGUCCAAGGCCUGAUCAGUGGGAAGCUGGGUCUGCGACAUGCCGGCCGACAGACGGAUGCAAUGAAAAGUGUCGCCCAAGCCUGCAAGAACAGAUCAUUAGCAGACUUUGAAACGGCCCUCACGGAGUACAGAGCGGAGCUGAAGGGCGACCCCAUCAUCAGCACUCACCUGGUCAAGCUGUACGACAACCUGCUGGAACAGAACCUCAUCCGGGUCAUCGAGCCGUUUUCCAGAGUACAGAUGGAACACAUAUCGGGUCUAAUUAAACUGUCAAAGGGGGACGUUGAGAGGAAAUUAUCACAGAUGAUUCUGGACGAAAAGUUUCACGGAAUCCUCGACCAGGGCGAAGGCGUCUUGAUCAUAUUCGAGGAGCCGCCGGUGGACAAAACGUACGGAGCCGCCUUGGAAACCAUUCAGAACAUGAGCAAAGUCGUGGAUUCGCUUUACAACAAAGCCAAGAAGCUCACAUAGAGCCGACUGACGGCCGUGCGAUGGAGGAUCUGUGUGGGUUUGACCGGCGCGUCGCAUUUUAAGAAGGGGGACGAGGGAGAGCAACGAAAAAGUCCCACAAACUGCAACGAACAGGAUCCCCCCCAUCAUCCCCCCCCCCCUCCUCUCCCCCCAUGGACAAUUUCAUCACUUCUCUUGUUUUUUUUAAUUUUAUUUUUCUCCCUUUUUUAAAUUUUAUUUUCGCAUCUCUUCAGGAUUUCUGUAUAACACUCAACGGGCCAAAUCAGGGCCAUCAGGGAAAAUAUUGUACAACCACGAUAAAAUAAAAUAAAGAUUAAAAGGUUUUAAGAAUACAUAUACGUUUAUAUCUGCUAUGCGGUCGGGCUCGCCGAGCCUCGAGCCGACUCCACUGCGACCUCGACGGUUUCACCGGCGGCGGCGGCCUCGGACUUUGCUGCCGAGCGGGCGCCGUGGAAACCGGCCUUUCCUCCUCUCGGUCCACGUCUUUCAGAAGCACGGCGGAUUUCGGAAGGUCGGGACACUUCAUGGGAUACUGAAUUUAUAGUCUGAAGAGCUCCACCCCCCCCUUAACUCUUAUUUCUUUUUCUUUUUUUCUCACCAUAUCAAUGCCAACAGUUACGUCCCCCACUGUAUUUCAGAUAUGUAUUAAACUCACUUUAUUUGUUUUUGGUUUUUGUGUUUUUGUUUAAAAAAGAAAAAAGAAAGCAGAGAGAAAUCAGAUGGUCGCCACAUUGUCUGCCCGCCCUUGGUUAUGUACGUGUAAACAAAAACAAACAAAACAGACCGGAUGCCAUUUCACCACUAGUGCCACGUUUUUCGGGAGCGAGAUGAAAAGCGUGAGGGCCGAAGGUGGAGAUGCGUUCACUGCCUCCGGGCGUCUGAGCGUCUCCCCCCCCCUGACUGAGCGGCUCUCCAUUGUUGGUUCCUAGCACUAGUGUGGUAUGCUGGCAACCAAACAAUUUGUAUGGUUUUGUUUUUUUUUCAUUUUUUUAUUUUUGUUUUACUCUUAUAAAGACAUUUUCAAAAUAAAUAUUUUGUAUUUUAA